AACAAAGAAAAGUGUUUUAAUAUUUAAUUUUUAUUUUAAAUUAUUUAUUUAUUUAGAUAGAGAGUCUCGUAGCAAGGACUUCUAAAAUUAUUUAUUUUGUUAAAGCACUAUACAAAUUUCACGAUAGACGAAUCUUAAAGAUAUAAUCUCGUUCAGUUUUGAAAAAUUAUUAUGUUAGUAAAUGAUGUAGUGAUACCAUGAAUGUAUAUUAAGUUAAUUUGGGCGUUGUCGAUAGUUUCAGUAAACCGGUCUUAAUAGUUGUACAAAAUCGGUUUUGAUAACGUUUUACAAAACCGGUUCUGUAAACGUGGUAUUGAAUGUGGUUCAAUGUUAGAUCUUUUGAAAGUUCAUUGACAUCAUUUACCUUUAAAAAUAAACCGUUUACGAUUGGUUGUUAAAACGGUUCUGAAAAAAGGCGGAAACUGAUUUCCCUUUAAAUACCAUUACGUUUCUGAGUCACAGCUACUCUUGCCAGGGAGUGCUACUUGCUUGUGAUUGUUAUUAACCAAAUUUCUUGCUUCUGAAUCUAUACCGAAGGUAAGUGUUUAAAAUAUAUUUUUCACAGAGUCGAACUUUUUCUUUUUUUUUUUAUAAAGAACCACAAGGAUUUAUCCGUUUGUUGAGGCGUUUAACCUAUAACUUGGUAAAUAAAUCGAACUAUAUUUUGAGUUAACAUUACCGAAAUUGUAUUAAAAUAGUUUAGCUGUUAUAACUUGAAAAUGUGUCUUACUCAUUUCUUAUUCACUAAACAUACUAAACAGCUUAGUUUAAAUAUGUAUUUAUUUAUUUGCAGAACACUGAAAGUGUUCACGUGCAACAUGUUAACAUGGAUGUGAUCAACGUUUAAACCAAAGAGUAGAUUGUUUAAUAUGCAAUCCGGAAUAGAUAUUUUUAAAAUGUAGAUAGUUUAAUGCGCAAUCCGGAAUAGAUAUUUAAAAAAAAAAAAAAAAAAAAAAAAUGUAGAUAGUUUAAUAUAUAAUCCGAAAUAGGAAUAGAUAGUUAAUAAUUCAUAUAACAAGAAUAUCCAGUACUUUAAAAUGUCCUCUCACACAACUUGCAGGAUAUUUUCGUGUGAUCUGUGUCAGGCACGCUUUUCUCGAAAUUCUGAUCUUCUUAGACAUGGAAGGAAUUGUUUCAAUCUGUCACACAUUUUCAUAUGUGAACUAUGUGGCGAACAUUUUACCAGAAAAGAUGGCUAUCACAGACAUGUUAGACGGUAUCACGAUCAUACUUUAAAAUGUUUAAACUGUUCGUAUCAAUGUUCCAACCGAUCCGAGCACGCAAAACAUGUUUCAAAAUGUAUCGGUAGCCCUCAAACAUACUCGUGUAAUCAGUGUCAGUGCAUGUUUUCGUCGUCUAGGGAACUUGCAAUACACAACUCUCGAACUCAUAACCCCCAAAGAACAUUUCAAUGUUCUUCUUGUAUGAUAGACUUUAUUAAUGUUCAGGCAUUAAAACGUCAUUUCAAAGUAUGUCGCACCCAAUCCGGCGGUGGUAAGCGGAGUACCAAACGGUCAACACCAGCCCCGACCGUAGGUACUGCGUUUUCUCAGCCAACCAGUGUUCAACCUCAAAACAAACGACAAAAGCCAUCGAGCACAGUCAGUCACAACCCUGACAGAACUCCCACACAACAGGUGAAUGUUAUACCGUUACCAGAACAACCCAAUUCUCAGUCUAAUAAUCACCAGGUUGAUUCUGUACCGCUUCCUGCACAAACCCCUUCCCCACAACCCGAAGCUGAUCAGAUUCCCGACGAGCCCCUUUCCCCAAACAGAGGAUGUAAUAGGCAAGCUCUGCAUGGUGACGUGAGAGAAUUUGACUAUAACGGAACUGAUCAAGACAGAUCGGACUUGAUGAGGUUUCUAGUUGCACGUAGUCGUGAUGUUAUUAAUGAUAUUCAAUCGGAACUACGAGAAAAAUUAUCAGUGAAAUGGGGUAUUUGUGUACAAAUUAAAAUGUCGAAAGUCAGCACAGAAGGCGAACAGACGUUUGUGGAACCGUACUUUAAAAACAAAAUGAUUAUAGCUACCGUGACGGAUGACUUAGAAGAACAAUAUUCUACUGCAAUGAAUGCGAUCAUGAUUAGAUUAGAUGACUACGAAGGUGAAGAGUCAAAUCUUAAUUUUGAAGAAGUCAUUACCAUGAAACUGACCGUUGUUCGAUUUCAACCUUUCAGAGGCGCGUCAUACAUCGAAUUACCUGUAGAGUUAAAGCGAAAGAAAAAAAGUAUACUGAACAUUCAAAACAAUGAUGACAAAUGUUUUCUAUAUUGUGUUUUGGCGCAACUGCACCCCGCUCCCCCCCAUUCCCACCCAGAGAGAACGCAUCACUAUUUACAUCAUGAAGACAAACUGAAUGUUAAUGGUAUAACAUUUCCAGUUACACUAAAACAAAUCGAUUUAUUUGAAAAAAAUAAUAACUUGUCUAUAAAUGUUUACGGCUAUGAAGAAAUUCCACCGAUGGGUAGAAACGAACCUAAAGACGCCCCACCCCCGAAGGUUGUAUAUCCUAUACGAAUAAGCAAAUCUAUCAAUGGAUCAAAUAAACAGCACGUUGAUCUUCUCAUGUUAAUGGAAAAUACACUUAACGAUAAAAAAAAAAAUCAUUUCUGUCUGAUCAAAAGUUUGUCCGGUUUAAUAUCUUGCACGGAAUACAGUGAUCGACAACAUUACAUAUGUAAAAAGUGUUUGUGGUCUUUUACCAGUGAAGAACGAUUAUACAAACACAAAGAUUACUGUUAUCACAACGCUCAGAGAAUAGUUAUGCCUCCAUUUGAGGAAGCCAUAAAAUGUUUUGGUAUCAAACAAAAAUAUAAAACACAGCGAUUUCCGUUCAUUAUAUACAGCGAUUUCGAAAGUGUUCUCGAGUCCACAACCGAAAAAAAUCGAAUACAAAAGCACGUACCGUGUGGGUACGCAUACAAGGUCGUAAGUAUACUGGAUAAAUACACGAAACCCCUAAAAGUCUACACUGGUAAAGAUGCGUCAGAACAUUUUAUAGAAAGCAUUUUAGAGGAAUAUGAAGAAAUAAUGGACAUUUUUAAUAAUCCCGUUGACGUGGUGCUCACGGCCGAUGCAAGAUGGGAAAUUGCCAAUGCUACACACUGUUAUCUAUGCGGUGAAGAGUUAGAUUACAGUAGGCACGUAGACCACUGUCACCUCACAGGAAAGUUUAGGGGGGUCUGUCAUGGCUACUGUAAUUUAAAUUUCAAACUGGAAAAAGAAGUGAUAUGUGUGCUUCAUAACAGCGAACGGUAUGACACGCAUUUAAUUCUACAAGCGUCCACUAGGUUUGCCGAUAGAAAACUCAGCUGCAUUCCGCAUAAUACCGAACAGUUUCUGUCGUUCUCCAUUGACGAUUUAAUCUUCGUCGACUCUUUUAAAUUCCUCACAUCAUCACUCGAUUCGCUGACAAAAAAUCUCAUGAGCAAAGGAAAACACUGUUUUGUACAUUUAAGUAAACAUUUUCCCAAUCAUGUAGACAUGCUAACCCGUAAACUUCCUUUCUGUUAUGAAUACAUAGAUUCAUUUGAGAAAUUAAAUGACACACAGUUGCCCAGUCACAAAGACUUUUAUUCACAGCUCGCGGAAAGUAACAUUUCUGACGAAGAAUACACCUUUGCAGAAAAACUUUGGGGUGAAUUUCAUAUCAAUACACUAGAGGAAUUCAUGCGACUUUACGUUUCUGUCGAUGUUCUCUUAUUGUGUGAUGUCAUGGAAUCAUUUAGAGACAUGUGCAUUAAAAGUUACGAACUAGAUCCGUUACAUUACAAAAGUCUCCCGGGUUUUGCUUUAGAUGCUGCUUUAAAAAUGACCGAUGUCGAACUCGAUCUGUUCACAGACCCGGACAUGUACGGCUUCAUUGAGAAAGGUUUGCGGGGUGGAGUGUCUAUGAUUUCGCACAGAUAUUCCAAAGCCAAUAAUAAAUAUAUGAGUGAUUUUGACUCGCAAAAAGACACGUGCUACCUAAUGUACUUCGAUGUUAAUUCACUGUAUGCUACCACUAUGUUAGAACCGCUUGCUCUCUGUGACUACGAGUUCAUCUCACCCGAAGGGUUUAUUGAUAUCGAAUGGGCUACUUUAGACACUGAGGGUGAGCUAGGGUACAUUUUAGAAGUCGAUCUGGAAUAUCCAAAAGAACUUCACGCAAAACACGCAUCUUUUCCACUUGCGCCACUACACGAUAACAUACCCGCUGUUGAGUUUUCACCAUACUAUAAACAGUUACUUGAACAAUUCGGUCUAAAUUUAAAUAAACCAUCGGGCAAAAAAUUGUUUUGUACUUUAAAAGAUAAAAACAACUACGUCAUUCACUUUGCAACUCUAAAGUUAUAUUUAAAACUCGGUUUGGAGUUGAAAUGUAUUCACAAAGUUUUAAAAUUCAAGCAAUCAAAGUGGAUGAAACCUUUUGUAACUCGAAACAUAGAAAAACGCAAGCAUGCUACAGACAAAUGCUCACAAGAUUUGUACAAAGCAAUGUCGAAUGUGUGUUAUGGAAAAUUCAUAGAGUCUGUCAGAAAAUACAAACAAGUCGAAUUGGUCGCACAACGAGAACGACUAAGACGAUACACUGCCAAAUCAAAUUUCAAACACGUAAAUAUUUUUUCGGAAGACUUAGUGGCAGUUGAAAUGCAAAGAACCACGGUUACCUUAAACAAACCCAUUGCAGUAGGAUUUUGUAUUUUAGAACACGCAAAACGUCACAUUCUGUCUUUUUAUUAUGAAACCAUGGUGAAACAGUACAACGAUCACGUGCGACUACUCAUGACCGACACUGACAGUUUGUUCAUGGAAAUCAGGACAGCUCCGGGUGAACAUUUGUUAGACCCAUACAAAUUCAUGCAACAAAACAGUCACUUGUUUGACACGUCCAACUUUCCCCCAGACCAUGCAUUAUUUUCUAUGUCAAGGCAUAAGGUGACAGGACUAAUGAAAGACGAAGCUGGAGGUGCAGUCAUUGACGAAUUCGUGGGACUUAGAGCUAAAAAUUAUAGUUUUACAGUCAUCGAUAAAAAAACAAAUUCCAAAAUUGAACACAAAAAGGCCAAGGGUAUCAAACGGGGCUUUGUUAAAAAGUCACUGCGUCACGAACUGUUUAAGCAAUGUCUGUUUCAGAAAAAAACGUUCUCUGCUACAUUUAAUUUGAUACGUUCAUUUCACAAUACCCUGUACACGAUCAAAAACACGAAAGUAGCUUUAAUACCUUUAGAUAAUAAACGAUACAUUUUAGAAGAUGGAAUUACAUCAGUACCAUAUGGUUAUCAAGCAUUUUAAGAUGAAAACAAAGAUCACACUUAUUGUUAACAUUGUACACGUUGAACAAAAGAAGAAGAAAAGAAAAAUACAAGAAUGGAAUCACAGUUCUACUAUUUUGAAGUACAAGAGCGAGGAACGGGUAGAGUUCUUUACCGACACAGAACCCUGUUCAAAAGACGUAGACGAUGCCUGCGUCACGCAACUCGACACAACUUGGCACAAUACACGCAUCAUACAGCAGUGCGCAUAAAAGUAAUUAUGUGUACAGUGAAUGUUGGUGGUGAACGCAACAAUUCGUGGAGAACACCCUUUGAAAUGGUUCUUAUCUCGUUUUACUUAAGUGUGCUGCAUGCUACAAUAAAUAAAAUGACAAAAGACAAUUGUGAAGGGUGUGCAAUUGAUCAUCCUUCUCAAAUUCAACACAGUUGUUUAAUGCUUACACCAAAUGAAGCGAUUGAUUCAUAUUUUGAGAGAGCCCUGCAAUCGUUGCCACACGAGGCAAUAGUGCAAGACGCAGAACGUUUUAUCCGUAGACACGGUGAACCAUGUCAUUCUAUACACAUCCUACCCUAUACCAGUGUAGAGUGGCUGCUAGAGAACUUUCUCAGUGAUCAUCGUCGUAAUGUGCUGGAGAUGAUGUUACGUGUGCAGAUGGCUGAAUGACAUUUGUCAACAAUAAAACUACAGUACAAAUAACUAGAAACUAUACUUUAGAAAGAAACCUUUAUUACAUUUAAAAUUAUUAUUAUUAUUAUUACAUCUAAUAAAUUUCUAACAUCUUUAAUUUCUUUACACCGGGAAUGCCCGCGUUAGCUUUUCUUUUCAAAUAAAACUGCUUAUUCUUGUU